AUGGCCAGUCGAACAUUACGCAUAGGCCUCAUUCCAGGUGACGGCAUUGGCCGCGAAGUCAUACCGGCCGGCAAACGCGUGCUGGAAUCCCUCCCGUCGUCGCUCGGGCUGAACUUCUCCUUCGUCGACCUCGAUGCCGGUUACGACUGCUUCAAGCGCACGGGCACGGCCCUGCCGGACAAGACGGUGGAAACGCUGCAGAAAGAAUGUGAUGGCGCUCUAUUUGGGGCUGUGAGUUCUCCCACUACAAAGGUGGCAGGAUACACAUCUCCAAUCGUCGCGCUGCGCAAGAAACUAUCACUAUACGCAAACGUGCGACCAUGCAAAACGACACUCUCACCGGCAUUCAAAUCCCCCACCCCUCAUCCAAUCGACCUAGUCAUUGUGCGCGAGAACACCGAAGAUCUAUACGUCAAAGAGGAAAAGACAUACCCCGACCCAUCCGGAGAGGGCCAGAUCGCCGAAGCGAUCAAGCGCAUCUCAUCCAAGGCAAGCUGGCGCAUCGCCAACAUUGCAGGCGAGAUAGCGCUGCGACGGCAAAAGAUGCGCAGCAACAACUCUGACAAGAAGGCCAUGGUGACAAUAACGCACAAAUCCAACGUUCUCUCUCAAACAGACGGCCUUUUCCGCUCGACGGCGCGCGAAGCGCUAUCCCAACCGCAAUUUUCUUCGGUCAAUGUCGAAGAACAAAUCGUCGACAGCAUGGUGUACAAGCUGUUCCUGCAGCCGCAAUACUACGAUGUCAUUGUCGCGCCGAAUCUGUACGGCGACUUGCUGAGCGAUGGCGCCGCCGCCCUCGUCGGCAGUCUUGGUCUGGUGCCAUCAGCAAAUGUCGGCGAGGGGAUUGUCAUUGGCGAGCCUUGCCAUGGUUCUGCUCCGGAUAUCGAGGGCAAGGGCAUUGCUAAUCCUAUUGCUACGAUCCGUAGCGUCGCUGUCAUGUUGGAGUUCUUGGAUUUGCCGGAGGCCGCGAAUGCUAUCUACAAUGCUGUCGAUAAGAAUCUCGAGGAAGGCCGCUUUGUCAGUCCUGAUCUGGGUGGCAAGGCUUCGACUGAGGAGGUCUUGAAUGAUAUCUUGAAGAAAUUGUAA